GCAAAACGCCAUCUUGAAUUUUAAACUCCCAAAGCUCCAUUUUCCAUUGCCUUUUAAGAUUGGCCUUCAGCACCUCAGUUUCUCCAAACACCGCCACUUCUUUCCAUCCAUACCCUUUCAAAGAGCUCUCAAAUCUGCUGUGAAAAUGAAGCUUUUUAGUUGGAUGCAAAAUAAGCUCAACGGGAAACCAGGAAACAAAAGAGCUCAUACACCUUCAGCUACUACUAAUCAUCAUGUGAAACAAGAGCCUCGUGAAGAAUUCAAUGACUGGCCCCAUGGCUUGCUUGCCAUUGGAACUUUUGGAAACAAUGAUUUGAAAGAAAAUCCAAAAACCCAAAAUACCCAAGACGAUCCAUCUUCAUCAAAAGAUCAAAUACUAGAUUUUACUCCCGAAGAAGUUGGGAAGUUACAGAAGGAGCUCACAAAGCUCUUGACACGUAAACCAAACGUGGAGAAGGAGAUUGCUGAUCUUCCUUUGGAUAGAUUCCUCAAUUGCCCAUCAAGCUUGGAGGUUGAUCGAAGAAUUAGCAACGCACUUUGCAAUGAUUCGGAUGAUCAUAGAGAUGAAGAUAUCGACCGUACGAUCAGUGUCAUACUUGGUAGAUGUAAAGACAUUUGCUCAGAUCAUAAUAACAAGAAAGCCAUUGGGAAGAAAUCAAUUUCUUUCCUUCUCAAGAAGAUGUUUGUUUGUUCCAGUGGGUUCACACCAGCUCCCAGUUUAAGAGAUACCCUUCAUGAGUCAAGAAUGGAGAAGCUUUUGAGAGUAAUGCUUCACAAGAAGAUGAACCCACAAAGUUAUUCUCGGCCAUCAUCAAUGAAGAGAUAUAUAGAGGACAAAGAGAUGCCAAAGAGGGAGAAUGAUGAUGAAAUGCAGGAGAAGAGCAAUGACAGAUGCAAAUGGGUGAAGACAGAUUCUGAAUAUAUUGUUCUAGAGAUAUGAAUCUGCCUUCCAUCUUUGCUAUAAUAUCAUUUCAAUUGCAAGAUUCAAAUGUUUAAGAAACAUGAAGAAACUUUUUAAUGGCGCCUCUUGAUCAGAGGGCCAGAAAAUGUAUGAUCGAUAUCCAGAUGGUGUCUCUUUUUUGGGACGGUGUUUCCCCUUUUUUUUUUUCAUGCUUUGUAUCUGUGGACACAGUACAACGCAUGCUAUGAGAUAUCGUCAAACGGAUUUCUGGAGUUUGUACUGACAAAGCCAGACAUUAUCUACAUUUUUCACCAUAUUUUACAUUACUUUUU